AUGGUCAGCAAUGCCAGCCCAAGAGUUGCAAGGGCUGUCACAGCCAGGACCAGGGAAGAGCGCCUCACCCUUCCCGGAGCCCUGGCCAUCGCCUGCCCGCGGCCCCGGGAGCCAGAGGGCGUCUACCGAGGCGCGCGGUCCUCCGAGCCUCCUAGAGCAGCCCGGGGGGGGGGGGGGGCGUUUCCGGGGGCGGGCCGGAAGCGGACUGCCCGCGCCCGGGCGCCGCUCCUCGAGCGGUCGGGGAUGGCCGCCCAGGAGGCCGCGCUGAGCACCGCGGGGGGUGCCAACCCGCAGCCGGCGCCGCUCCUCGCUUUUCCUUCGGUUCUGGGCCUUAGGGAGCGUCCGGGUUCCCGUUGGGCCCACCGACUGCGGCGGGAGGUGCCGGGGCGCAUCCGCGGGUGCCGACUGGCCACCCCCGUGCGCGACCUCUCCCCGGGGCUGCGUCGCUGGUCCGACCGCGGCGCGGAGUCCUUCCCGUGUCCCGAGGACCCUGCUCGUGCCGGGGAUACCGCCAUGAAGCCAGACGACGUCCCUGGCCUCGGGGAGCAUAUCCUCCCUCAGCUUUUCAGCCCUGAGCACCUUCCCAGGGGCCCCAGGCCCAUUCACAUAGCUCUCAUUCCUGCAGACAUCCCCAGACAGCAGGGUUUGUGGUUGCAGGAGGCCGUUGUGUUUGAGGACGUGGCCGUGUACUUCACAAGGAUAGAGUGGAGUUGCCUGGCCCCCAACCAGCGAGCGCUAUACAGGGAUGUGAUGCUGGAGAACUACAGGCAUGUGGCCUCGCUGGAUGAGGCUUCCCCAUCCAUCCCUGGGCGGGGCUCAGGCUUUCUUGUUGCUAAACCAGCACUGAUCUCCCUCUUGGAGCAAGGGGAGGAGCCAGGGGCUUUGAUUCUGCAGGUGACUCAGGAGCAGGGUUAUUGGGCACAGUUUGGGGGCACCUCCCUAAGGGGAGGCCAAAGCAUCCCCAGCAGAGUGGCAGUCCUGAGGGUGGGUCAGAGAGACGACCCCUCGACCCUGAGGCAGGCGGCCCGGCAGGGACUUUCGACCAUCUCCCCUGCCCCAGUGGAGGGAGGGUGGGGCCCCAGCCGGGUGGCUGCUGCAGGGGAGAGGACGUAUGGCUGUGCCUGCGGCAAGGCCUUCAAAUUCAAGUCGCUGCUGCUCCGGUGCCAGGUCAUCCACACCGGGGCUAAGCCCUACCAGUGCACCGAGUGCGGCAAGGCCUUCAAGCAGAACUCCAUCCUCCUGCGACACCAGCUGAUCCACACGGAGGAGAAGCUCCAGUGCAGCGAGUGCGGCAAGGCCUUCCGGCAGAGUGCACAGCUCACGGCCCACCGCAAGGUCCACGCGUGGGACAAGCCUUACAAGUGCGGCGACCACAGGAAGGCCUUCGGCCGCAUCUCGUGGCUCCAGCAGCACCAGAAGUUCCAUACCGGGGAAAAGCCAUACGAGUGCAGGAGGGCCUUCUGCUGCAGGUUCACGCUCACGGAGCACGGCCGCCUGCACAGCGGGGAGAGGCCUUACCCAUGCCUGCAGUGUGGCCAGCGCUUCAUCCAGGGGUCCUCGCUGCUCAAGCACCACCGCCAGCACGCGCGGGAGGGCCCCCAUGAAGACUGGCCGCCCAAGCCCCCCGGGGGCACCGGGCUCCACCUGUGCGCCGUGUGCUGCAGGCCCUUCCGGUGCAGGUCCCUGCUGCUGCUGCACCAGUAGCUGCACACGGGCGAGAAGCCGUUCGAGUGCGGGGACUGCGGCAAGGCCUUCAGCCAGAAGUCCAACCUGACACUGCACCAGAAGACACACAGCCCGGAGAGGCCGUUCGCCUGCGGCGAGUGCGCCAAGGCCUUCUGCAGGAGCUACACGCUGAGCGAGCACUACCGGCUGCACAGCGAAGACAGGCUGUGCAGGGGCUGGGCCUGUGGCCGGCGGUGAGCCCUCGUCCCGCGCCCCAAAGUCCGUGGCCCAGACUGUGCCUGGGCGGCGCUGAGGCCACACGGGCUCCCCGCUGGGCUCCCCAGGCAGUUGGUAAACGUCGGAGAACCCGGGGCGCCCGGGGGCCUCUGCUGGUUGAGGGUCGGACUCUCGAGGACCGCUCUGGUCAGGAUCUCAGGGUUGUGAGAUGGAGCCCGGCGUCAGGCUCCGUGCUGGGCGGGGAGUCUGCCGGAGACCCUCUCCCUCCUCCUCUCUAAGCAACAACGAACAGGGCAGAGAGCCCGCCUCAGGGAGGCGCUGAGGCAGGAAGCCGGCAAGCCUGCCGUUCACCUGUGCAGCAGGACAUCGGUGUCCGGGGGAGAAGGGACCGGCGGGGCAGUGGUCCAGCAGCCUACAGGCUGAGCCAGAGCAGGGGCUCCCCACCACCGCGGGCCUGGGCGCCUGCAGGAGAGCCGCGUUUCUCAGCCCUCCCAGCCUGUGCCCGGAUGGACACUCGGGCUUCAGUAAGUCCCAUGGGGAUCGUGGGUGGGUUUUGUUUUCUUCCUUCACUCAUCUGUUUUCCAAAUACCUGUGAUCAGGAAAAGAAAAAAAAAAAAAAAGAUGUUGGCUGUU